GCCGGGGCGGCGCUGCCCUGCUCGGAAGCCGCGGGGGCGAUGCGGAGGGAAGGAGCCGCGGAGAGCAGGAAACAUGAGCCCGCAGGAGGCGAGAGACCAGGGCUGAAGCUUUCCUCCCGCAUUGUGUGCGCCGGGGCCCCCCCGCCGGCCGGCCGCUAGCUGCGCAGGGCGCACAUGAGCGCGGCGUCCCCACCCCCCGCUCUGACCUCUGCAGGAACCUGCACCGCGGCGGAGGAGACCUGCGAGCUGCAUCCCGGCAUGCUCCCACUGAAAUAACCUGCCAGGCACCGAGGGAUCCAUCACAAGGAAGGGGAUCAGAGGGCAAACGCCAGCCAUCAUAACCUUAAGCAAAUAUUAGCUCUGCUGCCGCUCCUGCCGCUGCUGCUGUUGCGCCUCUGUCUGGGAAGCCGAGUCCAGGAAAAAGGCUUUAUCCUCCUCGCAGGGCUGGGUCCUUAGCAGAAGAGGGGAGGGGGAGGCAGGGGGGGUUAUUUGCUGAUGAUCGGAAGUUACUGACAAUAAGCACCUUCAUCUCUCCAAAGGCGGAGAGAGAGAGAGAGAGAGGAGGAGGAGAGACAGGGGGAAGAGGAGAUCUGAUGCCUAAGGGAGUCACUCGGAGGAGGCAAAGCAGGCAGUAUCUCAACUUCUCAUCUUUGUUUAUCAGCGCGAAGCGAGAUCGCUGGAAAUCUGCUGGGUUUUAUAACUGGAUCAUUCCCAUGUCAAGGCUGCGGUUGGGGAUUUUACUCCGUUAACUUGAAGCCACUGACCUCCCCCCUCUCCUCACCCAGCGAUGUAUUCACUGCUCUCAGCCUGCACUUGCUUAUGUUUACAUUUCCUGCUGCUGUGCUUUCAGGUACAGAUGUUUGUUGCUGAGGAGAAUGUGGAUUUUCGGAUACAUGUGGAGAAUCAGACAAGAGCAAGGGAUGAUGUAAGCAGGAAGCAGCUUAGACUCUAUCAGCUGUACAGCAGGACAAGUGGAAAACACAUCCAAGUGCUAGGCAGGAGGAUCAGUGCCAAAGGAGAAGAUGGAGAUAAAUAUGCCCAGCUUCUAGUGGAAACAGACACAUUUGGCAGUCAAGUCCGGAUCAAAGGGAAAGAGACAGACUUUUACCUUUGCAUGAACAGGAAAGGCAAGCUAGUGGGGAAGCCUGAUGGCACCAGCAAAGAGUGUGUUUUCAUUGAAAAAGUUCUAGAAAACAACUACACAGCACUGAUGUCUGCAAAAUAUUCGGGCUGGUACGUUGGAUUCACCAAAAAGGGAAGGCCACGGAAAGGGCCCAAAACCCGGGAAAACCAGCAAGAUGUACAUUUUAUGAAAAGGUACCCAAAGGGUCAAGUGGACAUACAGAAACCUUUCAAGUACACGACAGUGACCAAGAGGACUAAGAGAAUACGACCCACCAACCCCAGUUAAAAAAUAGACAAAAACAGUGUCACAAUAAUAAACCACAAAAAACUGCACCAGAGGAAUAUUUUUACAUUAAAAAUAAGGAAGAAGCUCUAUUUUUGUACAUUGUGUUUAAAAAAAUAAUAAAAGUUAAAAAAAAAAAAAAAAAAAAAAGACUGAUGGCAAACGCUGGGGAAAGCUGUUAGGAUUUUAUUGUGACUUGAAAAA